CCUAGUUCAUGUUGUUGAGAAGCUAUUGACUUUGAAACGUGUUAGCAUUUCGUGCCCACGAAUUAGCAUUUCAGUCUGGGGCUCCGUAAAAUCGAGGUCCUCCAUCGCCAGAAAUCGUUCAGAUUACAAUUAUAGGCCUGUUUUAGCUAUCUAGUCUGAAGUGUCUCAAGCCAGGUGUUUAUCAAAUGUCAAACAAAUAAUAAUAUGUACAAGGACGUCUACAUAUCUCUGAUAAAUGAAAACAACUUAAUCUAUAAAUGUGGACUAAUAGCCUAUAUUUUCCCUCUCUGACUUAAGUUCCCUCCCAUUGCAACGCUCUCCAAGUAAAGAACUGGCCUCCUUCACGUCCGCUUAGUCAACAUAAACAUCCCGGCGCUGUUCAAGCAAGACCACUAUUGACACUGUCAGCGAAGUAGAGAUAUCAGCAUGUCAGGAAGAGGCAAAGGAGGCAAAGGACUCGGAAAAGGAGGCGCCAAGCGUCAUCGCAAGGUUCUCCGUGAUAACAUCCAGGGUAUUACCAAGCCCGCCAUCCGCCGCCUGGCUCGCCGAGGUGGCGUGAAGCGUAUUUCAGGCUUGAUCUACGAAGAGACACGCGGCGUGCUGAAAGUGUUCCUGGAGAACGUCAUCCGUGAUGCCGUGACCUACACCGAGCACGCUAAAAGGAAGACCGUGACCGCCAUGGACGUGGUCUACGCGUUGAAGCGCCAGGGACGUACUCUGUACGGCUUCGGCGGCUAAGUUAUCAAGCAGGCAAACCGAUAUUCAACUUAAAGGCUCUUUUAAGAGCCACCCACAUGUAACGCAUCAGAAACAAUAUUUCCAUGCACCGGGUGUU